AUGGGCACCGUGCUCUCCAUCUCCCCUGCCACCAAGAAGGCGAUGGACGCAGACGUUGUCGACAAGGGCGACAAGAGCCUCAAGCGGCCAUCCAUGUUCGUGUCGCUGUCGUGGAAGAAGCUCGUGGCCAGCUCCGCUAAGAAGAGCGCCAAGAAGGUGACCCCCAACCCGAACCCGCCAUGCGUUCAGGUCGCCCAGCGAAACAGUGAGAACACCCGGAAAACACUUCAAACCGAGGAGCGCAAGCAGCGUGCCCCCAUCCCGGUGCCGGUGCCGACGGUGCCCACGCAGAAGCCCCCGGCGGCGGUGGUGCAGAAGCAAGGCAGCAGCCCGUCUGUGGUGUCGCCGCGGCGGAUAGUCAUCCAGGCUUCCACCGGGGAGCUGCUGCGCUGCUUGGGGGACUUUGUUUGCCGCCGCUGCUACAAGCUGAAGGAGUUAAACAGCGGCGAGGUCAUCCUGUGGUUUCGGAACAUUGACCGGACUCUGUUGCUGCAAGGCUGGCAGGACCAAGGCUUCAUCACGCCGGCCAACGUGGUGUUCGUGUACCUGCUAUGCGAGGCCACUCUGGAGGAGAGCGUGGCCAGCCCGGCCGAGCUGCAGGGCGCCUUCCAGACCUGCUUGUACCUGGCCUACUCGUACAUGGGCAACGAGAUCUCGUACCCGCUCAAGCCCUUCAUGAUUGAGGCCAACAAGGACGUGUUCUGGGAGACCUCGCUGGGCAUCAUCGACCGGCUCAGCGGGAAAAUGCUGCAGCUCAACGCGGACCCGCACUUUUUCACCGAGGUCUUCCAAGAGCUCAAGAGCCAGCGGGACUGCAACGAGGCCAGCCUGGACCGCUGA